CCAACCCGAGUUCUCUGCGGCUUCCCACACGCUGCAAAAGCCAAUAAAACCCUAGACAGCCAAAAGCCACCUCCCCUGCUCUCUCUACCUGGUGCACCACCUCUGACUCUGCCACCUCAAAGAACCCUCUCAUGGACCGGACCUCCUCCUCCUCCUCCUCCGCUGCCGCCGCCAACCUUCUCUUGAUGAUUAGUAUUAUCGUUUCCAUCUGUAUUGCCACCACCACAGCCAUCACCGCUCGCUGAAUCGUUCGCGUCGCCUAGCUGUUUGAUCACUUGGCUGUUAGAAAGUCGAUAGCUUUUUGAUUUUUCUUUUUUUUUUUUUUUUUGGUUUUUGCUCCGGUCUUCGACUUGACGAGAAGGGAAAGAGAGAGGGAGGGGAUGGCGUCGUCGCUGUUGAUAAACCAAGGGCUGGGUUCCAGGAACGCGGCGCUGAGCUUUGGCCUGAAUUUUCGCCGUCCGGCCGCCGGGACCAAUAUAAGGACAGGAAGAUGGAGAUCUCCAGAAGCAGCUGUUGUUUCAAAUUAUCUUCCUAUGCGGAGCCUUGAAGAUAAAAACAGGACAUCGGUGGAUGACAUUAAGAGCCUCAGAUUAAUCACAGCCAUCAAGACCCCAUAUUUGCCUGAUGGAAGAUUUGACCUUGAAGCUUAUGAUUCCCUGAUGCACAUGCAGAUUGUCAAUGGUGUUGGGGGUGUCAUUGUGGGAGGUACAACAGGAGAGGGCCAUCUCAUGAGCUGGGAUGAACACAUCAUGCUCAUCGGGCAUACUGUCAAUUGCUUUGGUACGUCAAUUAAAGUGAUAGGGAACACUGGAAGUAACUCAACAAGAGAGGCAAUCCAUGCAUCCGAACAGGGCUUUGCUGUAGGCAUGCAUGCAGCCCUUCAUAUCAAUCCUUAUUAUGGGAAGACGUCCACCCAAGGACUAGUCUCACAUUUUGAGGUUGUUCUCUCCAUGGGCCCAACCAUCAUCUACAAUGUGCCGUCAAGAACUGGACAAGAUAUUCCUCCGUCCGUUAUACAUAUGGUUUCACAGAAUCCUAACAUGGCAGGUGUCAAGGAAUGUGUCGGAAAUAACCGAGUUAAGGAGUAUACGCACAAGGGGAUAGUAAUAUGGAGUGGUAACGACAAUGAAUGUCAUGAUUCUAGGUGGACUUAUGGGGCGAAUGGAGUGAUAUCUGUUGUUAGCAACCUUGUUCCAGGUCUGAUGCAUGAUCUUAUGUUUCGAGGAAAAAAUCCUUCUCUGAACUCAAAGCUGAUGCCUUUGAUUGAUUGGUUGUUUUGUGAGCCAAAUCCUAUAGGCCUUAACACUGCUCUGGCUCAACUGGGAGUAAUAAGACCCGUUUUCAGGUUGCCAUAUGUUCCUCUUCCCCUUGAAAGAAGGGUCGAAUUUGUCGGUAUAGUGGAGGCCAUUGGAAGGGAGAAUUUUGUUGGAGAUAAGGAUGUACAAGUCCUCGAUGAUGAUGACUUUAUACUGGUGGGUCGAUAUUAGCAUAUGCUUUAUUAUGCUUGGCAUUUUGACAACUUUUUUAACUGUUGUUUGGUAAAUUGAUGACUGGAUAAUAGUGCUGUAUGACUUGUAAUCACAAAUGAAACUGAUUAGACUUGUAUGACUUGUAAUCACAAAUGAAACUGAUUAGACUUGAACUGGCCG